CACACUAUUAUACCACUAUUGAUAGAAACUCAAACUUAUCUUUCUAAACUUUCUUCAUUUGGUAAAGUAAUUUUUCUUCCCAUUUUUCCUUCAUUUUCAUGGAAUGUUGCAGACCCAACUCUGAUAUAUAGUGUUUUGGUUUUAGAUGUUGCUGAUCUAAAGCCGGGUUCCAUUUUGUGUAAGAGAACCAAGUGAAAGAAUUUGAGUGAAUCGUAUUCCGCAAUGGAGUGGAAUACGAAGUGGGAUUACGAAAGUUUUGACAUAUCCAACUAUAAAGGCAACACAAGUCCUAAAAAGCUACAAUCAAGUUAUUGGGGGAUUGGGGAUGGAGAAGACAUUGAUGGGUCUUUUAACUUAUUUGGUAUUGGCGGUGAUAGUGGUAGUGGUGGUUCUACAUCUGACUUAGUGAACAAUUCGUCGACGAAAAGCUCACUAUCGCCUUCGACUGAAUCGUCAUUCAAACAGGGUGUUAAAGGAUACAAUUACUUUAAUGAUUCUUGUAGUAACAAAGAGCCUUCAGUUUGUUCGGGUGAACCAUUCAUUGGUUUGAAACUUGGUAAAAGAACAUACUUUGAGAACAAUUAUGCUAAGAACUACAACAAAACAUCUCCUUUUUUGGGUGCUCCGGCUUCAUCUGUAUCUGCAGAGAAGAAAGUUAAACCAACUUGCCAGAUUACGCCGAUUUCCAGGUGUCAAGUUGAAGGAUGCAACCUUGAUCUCUCAUCUGCGAAGGAGUAUCAUCGCAAACAUAAAGUCUGUGAAAGUCAUUCCAAAUGUCCGAAAGUUAUUGUGGCUGGUGUUGAACGUCGUUUUUGCCAACAGUGUAGCAGGUUUCAUGGUAUGUCAGAGUUUGAUGGGGAGAAAAGAAGCUGCCGCAGAAGACUUUCAGAUCAUAAUGCCAGGCGUAGAAAACCGAAAGAUGAGUCUAUUCGGUUUAGCGCAGCAAGUAUAUAUUCAUCGUUUUAUGGUUCUGAAUCCAUUGAUCCCCUGCCUGAUUCUACAGGAGUUCAGAUGCCAGAUGUGCUAAACAUGUCAAUCCCUGCUCUCAAUAGGUUAGUGUCAUCCAAGGGGACCAGACCCGAGAUAUUCAAUCAAGGUCUCAAGGAACCAUUAUCUUCCAAUGUAGAUGCAGUCGACCUUCGGCGUGCUCUCUCUCUUCUGUCAAACCAUUCAUGGGGUUCUUCCAACCCUAAUUCCAUACCAAUGUAUUCAAGUAGUCCCAUCAUGCCUCAAUAUGAGAUGUCUCAAGGUUCGCCACUUUCUUCCCGCGAGUAUUGGCAGGCUACCCAACAGUCGUUUGAUCCCCAUAUUGAUGCUUCAGCUGCCAAAAAUGCCAGCAGUCAUAUUCAAGAGCUUCAGAUUUUCAAAUUGUCAGAUGGAAACUCCUUGCUGUUCCACCCCAAUGGAUGAUGCACCGGACUCUAAGGUACACCCUUGGAUUAUUGUCUGGACUCUUUUCCUGGAAAGUGAGAAUAUAAAGACCUAGUGUUGAUUUUAAGCUGUUAAGACAGAGUUUAUGCGUUUGAUUGCAAUAUAAUCGCCUGCAAAUAGAACUGUGUUUUGGUUGUGACAGACUGACAGUGAUGGUAUUAAUACUUAUUUAAGAUUUCUGAAA